CCUCUGGUGCUGGGUGUAGAGGCCCUCCCGCACUGUUCCCCCGCCCACCUUGUGGAGCGAAGAUGGCAGCAGCCUGCAGUGGCUGGAGGUGCCUUGGGCUGCUCCCGUGGAGACUGAGGGCUGCUGGCCAGGCGGCUGGGGUGGGGCUCCUGCGGGCCCAGAGCAGGGGGUACUGUAUCCCCUUUGGGACAGGACGCUAUGCACGGGGCCGGGCACGGAAGGGCAGCCGCAUGCUGGUGGGGGCUGCUUUUGCCCUGGGGGGCACCUUUGGCCUCUUCCAGACUCUCCAGUAUCCCCUGAAGGCCCAGGAGCACCUUGCAGAGCAGCAGGCAGCCAAGCUCCCUGCAGGUAGCCUGCAGUUGACCCUGUACCAAUACAAAACCUGCCCGUUCUGCAGUAAGGUUCGAGCCUUUCUUGAUUACCAUGGGGUGCCUUAUGAAAUUGUGGAAGUGAACCCGGUAAUGAGGAAGGAGAUCAAAUUCUCCUCCUACAGAAAGGUGCCCAUCCUUUUAGCCAACGCUGGAAACACUCUGCAACUGAAUGACUCUUCAGUGAUCAUCAGUGCAAUAAAGACCUAUCUCAUUUCCAGGAAGAAGAGCUUAGAAGAGAUUGUGUCAUUUUAUCCUCCUAUGAAAGCUGUGAAUGAGCGGGGCAAGGAGGUGACUGAGUAUGGGAACAAAUACUGGCUCAUGCUGGAUGAAAUGGAGACCCAGCAUGUGUACCCCAUCAAAGAAACUAGGGUGGAGGAAAUGAAGUGGCGAAAAUGGGCAGAUGACUGGCUUGUUCACCUCAUCUCCCCCAAUGUUUACCGCACACCUAGGGAAGCCCUGGCUUCUUUCAAUUACAUUGUCCAUGAGGGAAAGUUUGGCACCGUGGAAGGUUUUUUUGCCAAGUACAUGGGGGCCGUUGCCAUGUUCUUCAUCAGCAAGAGGCUGAAGAGCAGGCACCAUCUCCAGGAUAAUGUCCGAGAAGAUUUGUACAAAGCAGCCAAUGACUGGGUAAAAGCUAUUGGCAAACACAGACCAUUCAUGGGUGGCAGCCAGCCGAAUCUUGCUGACUUGGCAGUGUAUGGGGUCCUCCGGGUCAUGGAAGGGCUGGAAGCCUAUGAUGACAUGAUGACUCAUACAAAGAUUCAACCUUGGUACCAUCGCAUGGAGAAGGCUAUUGGGGAGGCCGAAGUCCCGAACUGGCAACUGCUGCAGCCGCCUUACUAAAAUUCUUGCACAGAAAAACAUUAAAAAGGAAAGACCUUCUGUUUUAAAAAUAAAAUGCACUGGCCUUUCCCCCUGGACUGAUGUGCAGGCAUGUGGAUUGUCCAGCUUAGAGCUAAUAAGGGGCUUCGUGAGACCAAGAGAGCAGGAGAGGACAGGUGUGUACAGUUAAGUAAAUAUGACAUUUAGAAUAAUAGAAACAUGUAAAAGGUGCUGACCUGGGACCUCAUUGUAGAGGAGGGUAAAUUCUGAUUUAAACAGCAGAGUGCAGCAAACUGACUUUCUCUUGGUGAGCCCCAUACUAAGUAUAUGUUAAAAAGAAACCACAAUGCUGGCUAGUGGACCCUGGAGCAAAAGCAAAUAUUUGAGGUCUGUCCAGGGUUGACUUCAGGCUGUAUCUCCUCUUGUCCAAGUUGUCCUGAGUGUCUUCCUGACUAUUUGAGGUACUGUGUAACUCUUAAAUGGCAUUAAGAUUUGACCUGCAAUAGCAUCCUGUAAGUACAGUGCUGAGGGCAAUGGGUGAAUCAGCAGCCCUGAGGAAGGAAUCCCUUUGCAUGAUGGAAAAGAUCCUGCUGUCUGCAGGCCAUGUGCUUCCAGUCUUCAGGGUGAUCUCCAUUUAAACUGUUAUUUCAACAGGUGAUUCUGGAUUGUCAGUGAUAAUACAGGCUCAGUUCCUCUUUCUAUGCAGUAUAUGGCAUCUAGGGUUUCUCGUCUACCAGAAGAUAGAGGCCCAGAGAGCACAACCUAGACUGAAGAAAGAAUUAUUGCAAAAUGAUUAUUUGAAAAAAAGCUUCCUAGCAUGAGUUACAUGAAAAGUGUUCCUGGAAAUACUCAAUAUGAUCAGUUGUUAUCAAGUGAGUGCUAGUGAAUUUUGCAGUCCUCUGGCUCUCUAGAUGCUUCUUGUAAUGCAAGAGCAACAAAGGCUUUGCUGUGUGGAGUGGGAGCCAUUGCUGUAAGCUACGUUGUACAGUGUGAACUUUUUGGAACUAGUAUUUCCUCACUGAGUUCUGGCUAAUACUAGUGCAGUGUGGAAAUGCCAGUUGGUACCUGUCUUGGUGAACUAAGUUGCAGGGAAUCCUUUCACUUCUGGCUGUAGGUCAGAGAGUGAGAGAUCUUCUGAAUGGUACUAGGUUUUAAUUUCCCUCUUCUCUACUUCUAACAAUCCUUUCCAUGGCAUCAUGGGCACUUUUCAAGGAAACUGGUUAUCUGGGAAAUUAGUGGUGGAGAUGGCAUCUGUCAUCAAUGCAGAAACUUUGUGUUAGUUGAAGACUGCUUUUUGCUAUCAGUCAUAAGUAUCAGUGUGUGAUACAGGUGUGUUUUAUUGUCCAGAACCUACUGUAUCUACGGAUACUUUAGAAGGAAAAUGAAGUGCAAAUUCUAGUGUGGACUGGAUGAGUAGUAGUGGGAGAGGAAGAGAGUAUUUGCAAUAAAAACAAACUGUUGCUA